CUCCUCCACAUCCCAAUGUACUUCUUCCUCAGUAACCUCUCCCUGGUGGACAUCUGCUUCACCACAGCCACCGUGCCCAAUCUCUUGGCCAAUAUGCUCUCUGGAGUGAGGAAGAUCUCCUAUGGUGGAUGUUUGGCCCAGAUGUACUUUUUUGUGGCCUUUGGCAUCACCGACAGCUUCCUCUUGGCGUCCAUGGCCGUGGACCGUUACGUGGCCAUCUGUCGGCCACUGCACUAUGCCACAGUGAUGAGCAACCAGGCCUGCCUACUGCUAGUGGCUGGCUCCUGGUUGGUUUCUCACCUCCACUCUCUCCUCCACACCGUCCUGAUGUCCCGCCUCUCUUUUUGCGCUUCCAAGCAGGUAUCCCACUUCUUCUGUGAUGUCUUCCCACUGCUGAAGAUCUCUUGCUCCAAUACACGGUUGAAUGCUUUGGUGGUACACACGGAAGGGGCUUUGGUGGUCAACAGCGCUCUCCUGGUCAUUGUCUUCUCCUAUGUCCGUAUUCUGGUGGUCGUCCUGAGGAUUCCUUCCGCUAAGGAAAAGCAAAAGGCCUUCUCCACUUGCGGGUCCCACUUGACAGUGGUGGCCUUAUUCUACGGCACCGUCAUCUGGGUCUACUUCCAGCCUUCGUCCAGCUUCUCGGCUGAGAAGGACACUCUGGCCGCCAUCAUGUACACUAUGGUCACACCCAUGCUGAACCCCUUCAUCUACACUCUGAGGAAUGACAAGAUGAAAGAGGCCUUGAGGAGGCUCUUUGGCCAGGAGAUACACUAA